UUACUGAUUCCAGUUGGAUGGUUCCACGAAAUUCAUCUACUAAUCCUUACAAGUGAAAAUGGUGUGAGUCUAUAUAUAUGUAAGGUUUGCGUGAGGGAAUUAUAGUGAAAGACACCAUCAAAAUACAAUACAAUUCUUCCUAAUUAACAUGGGAAGAUACGUGAGUGGUGCUGCUGCAUGUGUAGUCCUUCUCUUCCUGGCUGAAAUUGCACAAGUGUGUUUCUUCUUGUGUGCAAAUUCAAGCAGUGUCGUUGUCCCUCCUUGCAUAGGACGAGAGAGGCAAGCUCUUCUUGAGUUCAAAGCUUCCUUUCAAAGUUAUCCAUCAUUCAGCAGACUUUCCUCAUGGAAAGAAACUACUAAUUGUUGCGAAUGGGAAGGCAUAGGCUGUGACAAUAUCACCGGACAUGUUGUCAAGCUUGAUCUCAGGAAUCCUUGCUUCCUGUCACCACCAUAUUGUUACUUUGAGUUGCAGGAAGAACAUCGUGUAUACGCUCCAAAUGUGAAUCCAUCUUUACUGCAGUUGGAAUACUUGGCUUAUUUGGACUUGAGCGGAAAUCAUUUCAAUUCAAGUCCAAUACCAAGCUUCAUUGGUUCUAUGCAACGUUUGAGGUAUCUUUCUCUCAGGUACUCUUCUUUUGGUGGGAGGAUUCCGAAUAGCCUUAGAAAUCUCAAGAACCUGCACCUACUUGAUCUCAGUGAAAAUCAUUUUGACGCCAGUAACAUCACUUGGCUUUCUCAACUUCACUCACUCAAACACCUUGACUUGAGUUAUAUUGACUUGGGGAACACACGUGAUUUGUUCCAGGUACUCAACAUGCUUCCUUCCUUGUUAAAUCUUAGCUUGUCGGGCUGUGGACUUGAAGACUCCCUCAUUCCUCUCGGUGCUAAUUUCCAAAACUUGACAUCUCUUGUCCAUCUUUAUCUUUCAGAUAAUGAGCUUCAUGGUCCACUCCUUGAUGCUUAGAACUUGUCUUCCAUUGAAUACCUCUAUCUUUCAUACAAUGGGAUCCACGGUCCAAUUCCUGAUGGUGUGUUUCAGAGCAUGCCAUCACUCGAGUAUCUUGGUCUUGCGGGUAAUGAGCUAAGUGGUCCAAUUCCGUCCUGGUUUCGUAACUUUGAGAAGCUUACAUUUCUUGAUCUUUCAUACAAUGGGCUUCAUGGUCCAAUUCCUGAUGGUGUGUUUCAGAGCAUGCCAUCACUCGAGUAUCUUGAUCUUGCGGAUAAUGAGCUAAGUGGUCCAAUUCCUGAUGGUGCACUACAAAACAUGUCAUCACUUGUAUCUCUUCAUCUUUCAAGGAAUAGGCUCAGCGGUCCGAUUCCUGAGGCUUUUCGAACCAUGACUUCCAUUAAAUCCCUUUACCUUAAUGACAACAAUAUCACUUCAAUUCCAUCAUGGUUUGUUGAGUUAAAGACACUUCUCUACCUUGGCCUUUCAUCAAAUGAAUUUACUACAACCAAAUGUUCGCUUUCAUCAAUUCUCAGUAACAUGUGUCAUCUAAAGGGGUUAUAUUUCUCAGGGAACAAGUUCCGAGAAGAAUCAAUUGCAAAGUACCAAUUAUCUGGAUGCAACAAAUAUGAUCUAGAGGUAUUGCAUUUGUCUAAUAAUGAGAUCAGUGGUCGCUUGCCAACUUGGUUGGGGCAACUUGUGAAUUUAGAAUAUCUUGAUCUCAGUUCAAAUUUUUUCUCUGGACCCAUUCCCUUAUCUCUAGGAAAACUAUCAAAGUUGAGAUACCUAGACAUGUCAAAAAAUAAGUUGGAUGGGGGAGUCCUUCCUGAUAAUAUUGGACAACUUGUCAAUUUAACAAACUUGGAUAUUUCUUCCAAUAAUUUUGUUGGUUAUCCUCAAACUCUGGGAAAACUUGUAAACCUACAAGGUCUUGACCUUUCAAACAAUUCUUUUCAUGGUCUCGUUCCUCAAAGUCUCAAUCAACUUGUCUAUUUAAAUCUCGCCAACAACCAAAUCAGCGGUUCACUUCCAAAAAAUAUUGGAUAUACAAUGCCCUCUUUGUGGAACUUAUUACUUGGAAAUAACCACUUAAAUGGUUCAAUACCAAUCUCUUUAUGUGAAACUGUGUUUUACAACCUUGACCUUUCAAAGAACAACUUAUCUGGUGAAAUCCCAAAUUGUGGGAAAAAUCAUCGACAAGCUUGGGAAGAAAUAAAUUUGUCAUCAAACAAAUUAUCUGGGAUUUGUCAUCAAACAAAUUAUCUGGUGGGUUUCCCAAGCUCAUUUGGGAAUCUUUCCCCAUUGGAAUGGUUGCAUUUAGACAAUAACAUGCUCAAAGGUGAACUUCCAGUGUCUUUGAGAAUGAAGAAUUUGUUGAUUUUGGAUCUUGGUGAGAAUCAAUUUUCAGGGAGCAUACCACCAUGGACUACAACACAUUUCUCACUGCAGAUUCUUAGACUGCGGCAAAACAUGUUGAGUGGUAGCAUUCCUUCACAAUUAUGCCAACUUACAUCACUGCAAAUUUUGGACCUUUCUCGUAACAAAUUAGAAGGUUCAAUUCCUCGGUGCAUAGGAAAUCUUCAAGGAAUGACUAGUAAAAAAUUUAGACAUUUUAGUGUGGUGGACUCGGCUGGUGCACCUGUUGAAUGGUCCCCUGAAGCCGUAAAAGAAGUCAUAAAAGGAGCUGAAACGGAGUACAUCAAAAUCUUGAAGCUUUUAGUCAACAUGGACUUGUCAGAAAACAAUUUGGUUGGAUCCAUUCCUAAUGGAAUAACCAGGCUCACAGGAUUGCAUGGCUUGAAUCUGUACAAUCAUUUGAAAGGAGAGAUCCCUGAGAUGAUAGGGGAGAUGAAAUCAAUUGAGUCUUUGGACCUAUCUAAUAACCAUCUGUCAGGCACAAUUCCAAAUAGCAUGUCUGCUUUGACUUCAUUGAGCCAUUUAAACUUAUCACACAAUAAUCUUUCAGGACCAAUUCCUAAAGGUAACCAACUUUUAACUCUGGAUGACCCAUCUAUUUAUGGAAAACCCUAUCUUUGCGGAUCUCCACUCCCAAAAUGUCCUGGAUAUUCACAUCAAGCUCCUAAUAGCAAAAAUGACGAAGAUGAAGAUGACAAGAAAGAUAAGGUGGAAAAAUUAUGGUUCUACUUUGUCAUAGCAGUUGGCUUUGCAACUGGUUUUUGGGGAGUUAUUGGCACAUUAUUGUUCAAGAAGAAUUAGCAUGCUUACUUCAGAUGGGUGGGAGUAGCUGACAAGAUUUAUGUGGCAGUUGUGAUCAAAGUUGCAAAGCCAAUGAUGAGAAACCACACUCACGGAUGAUAAUGAAGAAAGUUGCAUACCAGACGAUGUUGGCAAGCUGGCUCAGGAUUGCUUUUGUGUUUGUUGUUUUGUUUUUCCUCUUUAUGUGCUUUUGUCCUUUCUGUUUUUGCCUUGGUGGUCCAGUCUCUGUUGCCUGACCCCUUAUGCGAUGUGUGUAUCUAGGCAUGAGAUUUUAUCUCAUGGAACCUUCAUUUAUUCAAUAACAUGUUCCUCUUUCAAAAAAAAAAAAGUGAUCUGGAGAAGGAGGCACAGAAAUAAGUGUGGGAAAAUAAUGCCCUUUGAAAGAAGAAAAGAGCAUAUAUAUAUAUAUAAACAACUUGUGGUGUUACAUUUAAAUUUGUAUUACUUUUUUACCAUGAUUGCCUUCACUGGAUUUGUACUAUACAUUAUAGGGGCUCAAAAUCCCUGCAGAUGAAUAAUAAUGUUUUACUAUGGAGCAUUG